AAUAGAUCCGAAUGAAAUACUUGAAUAUUCGGCUGAUCCAAGCCAAAUUGAACCUUGUGAGAAUCUUGAACCAGAAAAACAAAAAGUAGUAAUAUUUGAUGAUUUUGUAUGUGAAGAUAAAAAGGUUCAGAAUGAAAUAACAAAAUACUUUAUUCAAGGACGUCACAAAAACUGUUGUGUUAUUUAUUUAAGUCAGUCUUACUAUAAAGCACCAAACGGUAUUCGGAUUAACUGUUCACAUUAUAUUUUAUUUGAAAGUCCAAGUAAAAGAGAAAAUGAUAUGAUUUAUAAUGAACAAAAUAUUAACCCUAACUCUUUUGCUAAUGCAACAAAACAAAAAUAUGAUUUCUUAUAUAUUGACAAACCAAGGAAAUUUUUAAGAAAAAACUUUACUGGUAAUAUAUAAUGGUAGUUUUUAGUAAUAUAUAACAAAUAAGUGAACCUGACAGUAUAAGUAAAGUUAAAUUUGAUAUUGAUUUAAGUGAUUAUGCUACUAAAAAACAAUUCAAAAAACUUUAAAAGGAAACAGAAUCAUAUCUUCACAGAAAUAAGGAGCUUCAUAACACAAUGAACAGAGCAUUGGAUAUGGGAGGUAAUGAAAUAAUCAACCUAGGAAAUCCAGAUAAACCCAACGAUGCUGUUUCAAGACGGUUUGUGUUUAAAAAAGUUCAAAGUGUAAUACAUGACUAUAAUCUUGAAGAUAUCAAAAGUAUAAAACAAACACUAGAAGCAGAAGUAAAGAAUAUUGAAGAAUUAACAAAAGAUUUUAAAAAUAAUUCAUUAUUAAUUAAUCAAUUACAAGAUAAAAUUGAAAAAGAAAUGAAACCUAUGGUUGAUUCUAUUAAAGAAUUUCAAGAGAAAUCUGAUUUGACAGAUACAAACAUAAAAGAAGUAUUUAGACGAAAUUUUGAAAUAUUAUACAAUCAAGUUCAAGAAUUAAAAGAUAGUAUGAUUAAACAUGAAGAACUAAAAGACAAGAUUAUUGAAGCUGAGAAAAAGUUACAAAAUAUGCAUCAGUUUGAAAUCAGAGCAGAAAUAAAUAAACUAAAUACUGAAAUGGUAAAAAGAAAUCAUGAUUUACUCGAUACAUUUUCGAAUAAAUUUGCAGAAUAUAAAUCUGAACUGGAAAAGGCAGCUUCACAAAGAGGUGAUGAUCAUGACACAGCAUUAGAUGACUUUAAAGAAGAAAUUCGAAAUUGGGUUCCGUUGCGACUCCAUUGUAUGCCUUGUGACGGGGUUUAUUGUUUACCUACUGAUUCCUAUGGUUAUUGUAAUCAAACUGGAGAUAAAACCUGCAUCGCAUCAAGAUCAGUUUAGAUAUGUAGAAUCCGUAAAUAACAAUUGCUACAACAAGCAAGAAAAAAGACAUAUAGCCUUUCUGAAAGUGCAUAAAACUGGUAGUAGAUCUGCUCAAAAUACUUUUUUACGGUUCGGUCAGCACCGUAACCUUACUUUUAUUCUUUUCCAUCAUAAACCUGGACUUGCGGUAGAAAGACGCGCAUCACACGUGAUCGGCAUGAAAAACAGUCUAAAUGACAGGAAUAUUGAGCCUCCACCCAAUGGUAGCUCAUACGACAUUAGUUGUUGCCACGUAAUUUAUAAACGCUCACAGUUUGAAAAAUAUCUCCCAAAUGACACAAUAUACAUCGGAAGUGUGCGCGAACCUACCGAGCGAUUAGAAUCUGCGAUACAUUUUUUUAAACUUUUCCGAAACAUGAGUUUAUCUGAAUAUGCAAAAGAUCCAUACAGGUACAAACAUUAUGUUGGUUCUAUAAUUAACGAUUAUCUAGAUAAGAUUCAGUCAGAAUUUGAUGUUAUAUUAAUACGAGAAAGAUUAAAUCAUUCAAUUAUUUUGAUGAAAAGAAUUCUACAAUGGCAUAUAAAAGACGUACUAUAUAUAUCAAAAUUAGUAUCUUCAAAAGGAAAACGUCUUUUUCAUGACAAUGAAAAGGAAAAUAUAAUGUCAUAUCUUAAUUUGGAUUACAUGCUAUAUAAUCGUGUAUUGGAAGAGUUCAAUAAUAAAACAGAACGCGCCGGAAAUAAUUUUGAAGAUGAAGUUAACAAUUAUGUACAGGUUUUAGAUCGUAUUUCAUACUUUUGUAAACAUGAGAACGCCACAGAGUCAAUCUAUAUCAAAUUGUCGAAAUGGGAUUCAUCUUUUAAUGUCACUAUAAUGGAUUGUAAGAUGUACAUGAAGCCAGAAGUCGAAUUUGUGCAAGAUGUACGAAAACGUCAGUACGGCCAAAUAAGAAAAUCAGCGAUUUAGUUUGUAACAACCCAUUGAUAAUGAUUUCGAUGUAUGAUAUUUGAUAUUUUUUGUUUAGCGACAUUCUUCGGAAAAUAUUAAAACAAAACAUUUGUUUAUCAGUACAUUGUAUCACAGAAUGCUUCUUCUAAUUAAGGACAUCAUGCACAAUAUAACAAGCAAGGACAAAUAUUCAGUAGGAAUAGCCAUGUUCCAAGAAUGGAGGCUCCCGAGAAGAAACCAUUUAGCGGUGAAUUCUAAUGUCAAAUCACUAUAAAAAAGCCACAUGACACAAACCCUAGCGUCUUGACAGGAGAUAGAUAUUACUAUAUAACGAUAAUUUCUUGAAUCGAUCGUUGCAUAAUAAAAAUUAUUUUCGCAUCCAGAUAUCUAGCAGCAGCUAGUUGAUUUUGCCUCUCCUUAUUUCUAAGAUCUCCAUUAUGUCAAAUGGGCUGGUAUCAUGAUAACACGAUGCAAAGUCGGGAAAACACGAUGCGAAAGCGUGACAUAUACAUAUCGACCUAGCACCAGACUGUCACCCCUUUACAUCAGGUUAUCACAUCGUAUUAUCGCGUUUACGUUUUGUGAUUUCGUAGCUUUAUCCUUGGCAUUCAAGGGAUGUAUGCCAAAGUGAUAUGAGUCACACUGUUGUCAAACCUGCUAACCACCCCGCCACUAAAAAUAUCUAUAGUACCCGUCGAAAUAACCAUAAUAAUUACAAUUAAAUUGCAUUUCAUAGGAAAAUGCGUGACAGUUCCGCGUGUACGUACGGUUACGUGAGUUGCCAGAAGUGAAGUUUCAGGCCUUAAGGCUUCAUCUCCGAUAAAGUAUGCAGCCGAUUUUAUGAUUUUAACAUAUCGAAAUACUCGAGCGAAUUCGUCCGCUUCGAUUCCGUCACUGACGUGCGCCA